AUGGCAAUCUUGAAUUUGGAAUCCAACUAUUACCAAUUUUCAAGUACUGAUGCUGUUUAUACUAGCAUGGACGCGCAAGAUUGUGAAGAUAGAUUUAAAGGACCACUUGAAUCUCGCAAAUCACCAUUAUCUAAUCAGAACACAGCUGUGCAUGAGCUCUCCAAAGUGGCUGGAGAAAUCAUCUACAUGCGUACACACAACCAUGAUUUAUGUGUCUCAUCUCUUCGAUCUGACCCUCACAACUCUAAAGCUGAUGUUAAAGGGCUUUCUCGCAUAAUGCUCGAGUUGUCUAUAACUAAAGCUAAGGCCACAUUAUCUUAUAUCCAUUUGCUGAAUAAUAAGGCAACAGAUCGUAUAUGGAAGCAGUACUUUAGUGUUUGCAUUGAGCAAUAUGUUAUUGCAGACAAAGUUCUCCGAAGUGAAAUUGUGGAUCUGGAUUCGAACGAUUACGGAGAUUCAACUACAAAUGCCCAUUAUGCUGGAGAGGCUGCUCAGGAUUGUGAAGAUGUGUUCAAAGGACCACCAGAAACUCGCAAAUCACCAUUAACUCGCAAAUCUGCAUUAACAAAUCAAAACAAUGCUCUAGAACGAUACUUUAGUGGUUGCAUUGAGGAAUAUGAGAUUGCAGAGAACUUUCUUGAAACCGCAAUUUUGAAUUUGGGUUCCAACAAUUAUAGAGAAGCAACAACACAUGCCGAUUAUGCCAGUUCAUCUGCCCAGGAGUGUGAAGAUUUGUUUAAAGGACCACCUGAACCUCGCAAAUCACCAUUAACGAAUCAAAACAAAGCUUUACAUGACCUCGCAGAUUUGGUAGGAGAAAUUAUUUAUAUAUUGGUUACUGGUGUUGAAAUCAACAAGUGGCCUUAA